GCAGUAGUCCGAGUGAGCAGCCGCACAGCGCCCGACUUCGUCAUGCUGAGCUUCUUUGAUGGCUUGGGGACGGCCUUCCUAGUAUGUGACAACUAUUGCAAGGAGCACAACCUGCAGUGGUCGGGGGCAUCAUGGGAGAUCGACAGGGACUUAGAGAGUUUGGUGGCCGAGCACUUCCCGCAAGUGACGCCCCGCGGAGACUUCGAGCAAGAGGACGCAGCGACCCUCCAGAAGCUUGUUGAUGAGCUCGACCCGGCCGGUCGCGCCCGCAUAGUGAUAGCGGGAGGACCGCCUUGUCACGAUUUUUCCAGGAUCCGGCAGGACGCUCCUGGUCACGCCGGACAAGAGGGCUCGAAAUUCACACGCUUCGCCCAGCUCAUCCAGUCCGCAGAGAAGUCAUGGGGCCGCAGCCGAGCCAUCUUGCUCGCCGUGGAAAAUGUGAUUCCCCAAAAUAGGGCGGAUAUGAGGAAGGUGGAACGCAUGCUGGACGCCCCCGCGGUGGUACAUGAUGCUUCAGAUUUUGGGACGAUUUCCCGUCCCAGGGUCUGGUGGUGUCGCGUACCCUGGCAGGAGAUCGCGCACCGCAAGGAUUGUCCCUUCAAUCUUCGAUGGACCACCAUGCAGGGGAUCCCGCGCGUGCACUUCGACGUGGACAAGAACACGCUGGACCAAAGGGGGCGACAAAGGACAGGGACUGCUGGCGCCGCAACGACGACAACCGCUACCGUGCCAACGACCAGAAGUACUGGAAGUCUUGGCAACAAGGCGACGGGCAACACCGUGACCAUCGUGAUCACCGCCGACGGCUUCAUCCUACCACGAUGCCUGACCGAGGAGGCCAAGCCCGUGCCGUGCUUGACCACACCUUCCGACGACCCGCAAGGACGCCCAGCACCGCGGAGCUCCAAAGGCAAGAUCAGCUCGGAGGCAACGCAACGCUGGCUCGCCGACAAGAGGCGCUACGCUCCGUGGCACUACGAGUCAGGCGUCAUGAUGAUGGAUCGCGACCAGCGCUUGGUGCUUCCUCCUGCCAACGUCAAGGAGCAAUGGCACCACUUACCCAAAGGAUGGUCCGCGUCGCUCCCCGACCACGCCCGCCACAAAGCCAUAGCAAAUGGCUGGCACGCGGGCGCAGCAAGAGUGAUGUUCAUCAUGGCAGUGUUCGCAGCCACGCCGCCAACGCCAGCAGCAGAACUCAACCCCCUCGGGGGCACGCCUCUGGACGUCACAGCCGCGCUAUGGCUAUGUGACUACGACGAGUUUGACCUCUCGUACUUGGAGGACCCCGACGAGCACUGGCGACAGUCACGCGUCAUGCCUCAUCCGGAUGCAAGGGAUGCCUCGAUCGAGCCCGGAUUGAGGCAAUGGCUCCAAGUGUGGUCACGCAUGCGGCCACACCUCACAGAGCUUCGCGACGCCGUGGCCCAGCAGAUCGAGGACCUCGUAGACGACCUGCAGGAGGAGACCGAAGCCUGGUACUCGAGCCUCGCGCCGCACGUUCAGAAGGCCUACCGCAGAGAGACUCGCACGUGCUCUUUGCAGCUCCCAGCUCUGGAAAAAGUGUGCAACCUCUUCGGAUGGCAGGACAGGGCUAUCUUUAAGGAGCUAACGCACGGGUUUCGACUUCUAGGACCUCUCGCACCCGGAUUGGGUUGGAAAACACGCAAUGACUUUCGCUACGCCGACCCCAUGCCGCUCGACGAGUUCCUGCAGAAGAACGAGCUCUACGUCCAGGACAAGCUUCGCCGUUGUCGAGUCGACCCGUGCUGGGAGGCCAUGGCCCAGGAGAUCGCCGGUGACGUCACCAAGGGACGCAUGGAAGGGCCCUUUAGCAGCCCGGAAUCGUGGCCGAAACAGGCGGUUCCCUUGACGGCGUUCUCUCACACCAGCAAGCUGGCACAGGGGCCCAAAGCCCACAAGCCCACCUGUUUCGCCUUCGCUGUGCACCAGGUGGGCUCCGACGGCAAGCCCAAAGUGAGGAGGGCAGAGGACUGGAGACGCUCCUUCGCCAACGCCACGGUCGGUGCGAAGGACAGCCCAACCUACCACGACAUUUCGGCAUACGUUCAGCUUGCGGUCGCCGUCAAGCAGAAGCACUCGAACGCGCAGCUACUCAUAUGGGGCCUGGACCAUGAGGCCGCUUAUCGCCAACUGGCGGCAGAAGACCCCGACCACACUUGGGUCAUAUUGCCAACGCCACAUGGCAUUACCCUUUGGCGGCACACGGUGCUCAUGUUUGGGUCCGUGGCCUCCGUAUGGGCUUACUGUCGCAUCGCGGAUCUCAUGUCCUGGCUUUGUCGCGCAUGCUUACUCACGCCGGCAUUGCACUUCGUGGACGAUUUUGGGAGCUGCGAGGAUGCCGAGCUCGUCAUACAAGGCGUCGAGAUCUCGGUGUACGACGACUUUGUGAGGGUCAGUGGCACUGCUUCUCGCCGGCAACGCCUCGACGAGGACCUCGUGGGCAUCCUCACAGCCAACAGGACGCUCUACUUCGCACCGCAGCCCCGCUCGGUUGUGUACGCGGACGCCUUCUUCAACCUGUUCGACAAGGACUGGAAGCCUGGUGACGAGGACAUCCCCAACUGGGGACGAACACCGCCAGAGACCUUGCGGAAUGGAUGGGGAUUCGUGGUUACCAUCCAGGGCCGCACAGUGUAUGCGAAUGGCACAGUCUUACCGCUGAUCGCUCUGCAGCACGACCUCGACAAACAGAUCAUCAUGUUUGUCCACAAUGAGCCAGCUCGUCACGCGCUCUCCAAGGGCUUCGGCAAGGACGACUCCAUCAACUGCCUGUUGCAGCACACAUGGAGACACAUCGAGUCGUUGUCGCUUCGCCCCGCUUGGCAACGUGUGACCUCAGCGGCCAACGUCAGUGACGACGUCAGUCGAGGAGACCUUCGCCAAGCACAAGCAGCCGGCUGGACGAGACUAGAGCACGACUGGGACGCAGUUUUCGAAGGGCUACUGAUGGGCUCUGAACGGUUUAGGGCUACCGGUGUGCUUUAA